GGCAGCGCCCCCUGCCGCAGCGCCCCCGGCCGCCACAAUGGCGGAGCCCGCUGCCCGCGCCUGAGGCCCGCGCAGGCCGCCGCUGCCGUGGAGUCUGGAUAAGAGCUGUCAGGAGAGCUUUUUCUAUGGAUUGAGGCUAUCAAGUGAUAGUGAUCUUGAACCACCAUUUUGGAGGAGAGGCACAAAAAAGGUUGUUAUGCUGAGUGCUUUACAGGACAAAUAACACUCCCUGCUUCCUCAACUGCCUCAAAAGCAAGCUAUAGGUAUUGAGCUUCAAUCUGAAUAGGUUGCUGUCAGGACAGCCUGCCCCUGCCAUCCCAGCUGCCAGAGAAGCAAGAGCAGAAACUGAUACUCCGAUAGAGGAAAAAUGCCAGCUACUCUAAGAAAACUGCAGCAAAUGGCUGUUGUCAUGGGACUGUUCAGCGGCGGGGGAUGCAUCGUGAUGUAUAAUCUUAUGCAAAAAGGCUUUGCCAGGACCCAGUAUUACCAGCAAGCUUUGGAGGAACUCAACAGCAACCCCACUGCCCUGGAAGCCUUGGGUGCCCCCCCUCUUAAAAUUCACAACAUCCAUCUGACAGAUGGGAGCAACCGUGUGGACACCGAAAGAGCGCAGAUCAAGUUACCGGUAUCUGGAACGAAAUCAUCAGGGUACCUCUGCAUUAACUCCAAGAUGGACCACUCCUGCCAGUGCUGGCGCCUUCAAGAUGUCACCUUGAAACUGGGAGAUGGUCAGAAUAUUCCUGUCUACCACUCCCAAGAGGAAAGCCUUGGUGUGCAAGAAGGCUGAAAACCCAAAGCAGCUGCUUCCCCUCCUCCUCCUGGGCAAAACCAGUCACUCAUCGAUUGCAUCCUGCUGUGUCUGUGAAUGGUUGUCACAAGUGACAAUUCCACUUAAGUGGGUGCUCAAAACAAUUUUCUCACCGAGACUGACCUCAUCAUUGCCAUAAUUCCUUUCUUCUGCUGGUUUAUUCAUGUGUUCAGCAGAAGCCUAAAAUAAAUCUCUUGCAAAA